ACGUAAUAAUCGUUAGGCGAUUGCGAUAAAUUAAGUUGAAAAACACUUUCGACACGAAAGAAUCAAACGAUUUGUUUAUUAACGAGCAUCGCUUGAUUCGAGAUAGAUUGUUUUUUGCACGAGUAAAAUGCUGGGUGUUCUGGUAUUGGUGAUUGGCGUUUUUCUUGGGAAUGCGGAAGGUGUUAAAGUGAUAGUGGUAGGUGCAGGACCUGCAGGAAUUGCAGCCGCCACGACCCUCUUAUCGCAAGGAAUAGAUGUGACUGUAUUGGAAGCGGAGGAUAGAAUUGGAGGUAGGGUGCACAGUGUGCCCUUCGGAGAUGCCGUUGUGGAUAUGGGCGCGGAAUGGUGCCACGGGCAAAAGAAUAACGUUGUUUAUGAGAUGGUGAAGCAUUUGGGGGUGUUGCAAUCUAGCAAUUAUUCAGCGUCUCUGUUCAUGUCGGACAGGAAGGUGGUCGGAGAUCAAUUGACCUCUGAUAUGCAUGAGCUGUUCGAGGAGAUUUACAGCCCGGACGGCAAUAAGAAGCAGGAGGAAGGCGUCACGGUUGGAGAAUAUUUCAUCAAAAGGUAUAAUGAGAGCGCGAGGCAGAAGUUCUCCGGGAAAGAUCUCGACAUCUGCUUAUUGAGCUUGGACCUCAUGCAUCACUACGUACAGUCCUCAGAGGGAGCCUUCUCUUGGUUCGAUACUUCGGCCAACAGUGAUUAUAGGAAUUGCGAAGGAGAUCUUUCGCUGAACUGGAACGGUUUUGGAUACAAGACCGCGUUGGAAGUGUUGAUGCGGAAACAUCCUAGGGUUUACGAUCCGUCGUUUCCGAUCCAAUCCAAGAUUCAACUGAACAAGGUUGUACAGAAGAUCAGCUGGGACGAUGGUGUUAAUGUAUCUUGCACGGACGGUACCUUUCACACUGCCAAACACCUGAUCUUCACACCAUCACUUGGCGUUUUGAAGUACAAACAUAGGAGGAUGUUUUCUCCCCCGUUGCCCAGACACAAGGUCCGGGCUAUCCGAGAUUUGGGUAUCGGGGCUGUCAUGAAGGUUCUGAUGCAUUUUGAGAAACGCUGGUGGCCCGAGGAAUUCAACGGAUACAGCUUCGUUUGGACUCACGAGCAUCGAGACAUGCUCAUCGCAGAAUUCACCAAAGGACCUUCCAGAUACGGUAGAUCGUGGCUUCUGAACUUCAUGUCUGUACUACCAUUGGAAAGGAAUCCGAACGCACUUUCCGCUUGGAUCACCGGAGAUUUGGUUCCUGAAAUCGAGAAAACUUCGAAUGAAACAUUAAUAGAUGGCCUCCACUUCGCACUGGAUAAAUUCCUCGGACAUAAAUUCAACAUAACAAAACCGGAUAAAAUUCUCAGGACCAAUUGGUACGCAAAUCAAAACUUCCGCGGAACAUACUCGUUCCAAACAACCGCGUCUCGCAGAAUGAAGGACCCAUCCAGCAACGAAAUCCUUGCGGAACCAUUGAAAAACGUGCAAGGAGUUCCAACCGUCUUAUUCGCAGGAGAAGCCACCCAUUCCCAUUACUAUUCCACGGUGCAUGGUGCAAUCGAAACGGGCAGAAGAGAGGCUAAUCGCAUUCUGCACUUUAUACAAGACGCCGAGAACGAAUUGAGUUGAACCUCUAUAGAUAUUACCACAUUUAGCCGCAGCUAAGAUUACCUCUUGCUUUUGUUAAUUAAGCUAUAAGAAAAUCAGUAGUUGAUAAUUGCACAUCCUGUAGCUCGUUUUGGAGAGCAAUAGGGACGGAUAAAAAAAUAAUCCGGUAGCUUGACAAUAGAGAAUAAAUAAAUUGAUUUAAGAA